AUGACUUUUGUUGCUGAUUGUGUUGACGAAUUUGAAGCACUGAUAUCCGUCGUUAUUCUAGAUGCGACUCUCCACUCUCUGGACUCAAUCUUCCAGCAAUGCGAUGACCGUCCCACCAAGCGGCGCAAGACUACCAAACGGGGCGCAAGGAGUCUGACACAAGAAAAUGGGGUAUCAAGGGCAGGAGUGCCUUUGGGCUACAUUCCAUUAGCAAGGUUGACAAUGCGCAUAAAGCCCUCGAAUACGAACACGCACAAAUACCAAAGGCCUUACGACCCAAACCUCCCCACCACCCGGGUUCCUAUAUUCAUAGAUGUGCGCAGCGUUCAUUUUCUUGGUGAAGAUCCGAACAACACGCCGCAACCAGACUCGGCUGAUAGCGGCCCUAAUCGUAUGGAACUGGAACUAUCUAGUCUCGACGAAAAGGAAUUGCUGAUAUAUCCAUGCGAGGAUCCGCGGCUGUUCGAUUUCCUUGGGCAACUUCAGGCCGCCAGUAAGCUUGCUCACGUGGACCAGUUCUCCAAGAGGGUGCCUACAGCCUGCUACCAAGCGCACCUUUGUGCCUUACCAGAUGGAGCAGGUUUUACUCUCGAGACGGUUGUUCUUUGGAAGGAUUCUAUUGAGGUCCCAGAUUCGAACCGCUUGGGGGAAGCAGAUCUGGAAGUCUUUACAAGAUAUGUGCUGCAGGAAAAAUGCGUUCGCCCAUCAGCAUUGACCGACCCGCGCGAAUAUCGUGAUAAAAUGCUGGGAACCCCCAAAGAAUGGUCUCCCCGGGAUUUCUACAAGAAUGUUCACGUUCCCAAGGGAGAGAAGCCGGGCCAAAUGGCGAAAUUAUGCCUAUGGGAGAACUUCCCAAAGGCGACGUUCCAGCGUCUUUCAAAUCCACUGGAGAUGCCGAUGGACGGACCUACUACUUCAGUCAUCUUUUCAUGGUUCUAA